AUGGCAGACAAUUCUCACAACAUGAGCUUCCAAGCUGGUGCGGCCAAGGGACAAACUCAGGAAAAGGGCGGCCAAAUGAUGGACUCAGUCUCUAAUGCUGCUCAAUCUGCUAAGGACACGGUGCAACAGGCUGGUCAGACGGUGAUGGCCAAGGCACAGGGUGCAGCAGAUGCAGUCAAGAAUGCAACAGGCAUGAACAAAUGA